GCAGGGAAACAUCGCUUCUAUCGCUCUCUCUCUCUCUCUCUAUCGCUCUCUCUCUCUCUCGCGCGUACUCUCUGAGCCACAGACACACUCAGCACACUCACUCACUCACUGUCUCACCGAUCGCAGUCAUGCUGCCAUGGAGACGGGGAAAGAUUGUUCUGGUGGAAGAGGAGACCAAGGCCAAGCCCAAGAGUUUGGGCGUGGGGACGGGGGGCGCCUACGGCUCCAUCGUGUGGUCCCUGGUGUGCUCCUUCCCCGACCUGCUGCCCGAGUGCCCCUUCAAGAGGCUGGGCAGGGUCUUCCGCUCCAAGCGGCAGAAGGCGGAGCUGACCAGGGACGACCCGGUCCACACGGUGCAGUACCUGGGCAGCGCGGUCACGCACAGCGCCAAGGGCGAGGGCUGCACCGACGAGGCUGUGGGGAAGAUCUGGAGCCGGAGCGACUACGGCGGACAGGGCUCCAGGAUGAAGCUGAGCGUGGGGCCCCAGGGCAUCCGGCUGGGCUCCGGGGAGAAGAGGAAGCCCUGCCACCUCUUCUACCUGCACCGCGUCACCUGCUGCGCCGCCGACUCCCGCCGGCCCAAGAUCUUCGCCUGGGUCUACCGCCACCAGGUGAAGAACAAGGCGGUGGUGCUGCGCUGCCACGCCGUGCUGGUCGCUAGGGCGGAGAAGGCCCGGGCGCUGGCCCUGAGCCUCACCCAGGCCGCGGCCUCCGCCUUCAGCGAGUACAAGCGGCUCAAGCGACAGAGCGACUUCCGCCACGUCCGCCAGCAGCUCCUGGGGGAGGGCGUGGUGCCGAUGGCCCCCGUGCGGAAGCUGCUGAACGGGCAGUGCCACUACCAGCCUCCCCCCGACCACCAUGCCAGCGCCCGCCUGUCCGCCAUCAAGGAGGAGGAGGAGGAGGAGGGGGAGGAGGGGGAGGGCGAUGGGUAUGUGGCCCAGCCUGGGAAGGAGGCCAGGGAGACAGCCAGCCUCCGGGGGGACACUACGCUGUCCUCCAGGCCGUCGGCCGCUGGCUGA